AUGGGUAGGAGAUUUGGUAGGUUGAAGAGAAUGGUGAGGCAACAAAGAGGAAAGCUGAAACUUGCCCUCAAUGAAAAUGCCAAAGCUCCGAUCGUGGCAAAGGUGUUCAAGGAUGGUUCGAGAGCAGAGAACGCGUUUGUAUAUCAUUUGGAGGUGUACAGUGAUUCUCCUACGCUGGGAUGA